AUGGCAACUCGAAGUCGUCGACCUCGAGGCCUCUCAGCAAAUCAUGUUAACGAGGAAGAGAGGCUUGAAACCAUUCUAAACGACAAGUCUACUUUAUUGUCGGUGCGUCUUUUGGGAAAGGAAAACUGGGUCAAGAUAGAAGAACGACCCAAUUGCUUCUACUGCGCACGCAGAUUUCGCCCAUUUUCGCUCAAACGUCACUGUCGCUCUUGUGGUGAAAUUGUGUGUUCCAAUUGUUACCGACGACGAAAAGUGCGCGUAACGUCUACGCUGGAAGUGACGGUACGACUAUGUUUUGACUGCAUUGAUAAAGCUAUGCUUGUUGCGGAGAGCGACAGUAUUAACGUCGGUGUGCCCGUCAUGGAGCGCUUAGAGUCUAUUGAGAAAGAAGACGAAACUGAGGUCAUGAAAAUGCAAAAUAGUAUCCAAGGCAAAGGGAUGAAAAAAAAUCAAUUGGAUAGUACCCAAACUUCCACUUGCACGUCGAUCAGUACCCACUUUUCCGACUUCUCAAGUAGCAAGAGUUUAAGCGAUGUCGAAAGCGACUUGAACGAUACCACCAAAUUAAUUGACAAAGGCAACUUUUUAUCGUCCAUCAGUCGAGGACACGGGAAAAACGUCAUUGAGUUUCUUACAGAGCACGAACAGUUGAAAAUUUACGAAGCUCGAAGACACGAAAUCCUCACACAAUUGAAUGUACUGGACACAGAACCCGAAAAAGAAUACGAUGCAGUGUGCGAACUCGUGCGACAAGCUCUCGACUGCAACGUGGCUGCCGUCGCUUUCAUGGAUCAGACACGUCAAUGGUACAAGGCACGAUAUGGCAUCGCUCAGGCAGAGUUGCCUCGUGAUGUGGCCUUUUGUUCGCAAUUGCUGCAAACGUCACUUCCAACAAUUGUCAUGGACGUCACGAAAGACCCUCGAUUUAACCAGAAUCCACUGGUUACGGGCUCAGCCAACAUUCGCUUCUACGCGUCAACGGCAAUCUGUGACCCUACUACCGGUAUCGUUAUUGGUUCGGUUUUUGUUAUGGAUCCAAAGCCAAAGCACAAGCUGCCGCUACGAGCGAUGGAAGUGCUGUCGUACGCGUCUUCCACCGUUGAAAAAAUGCUUCAAGGCGAGUAUUCGAUACCAAGCCCUCUGUUUAUCAAAUCAAAAAGUCAAUCGUUUUCUAGUCCUUUGAGACGUCGGGAAUCAAUGCCGUCAUUCUCUGAAAUAGGCACAGCUUCGCUUCAAAGCGUUCCAGAAGAGCUAGAAGACGGAGAUUUUCGCCUCACACUACCUCGCUCAAACACGUCUAGUCUAUCAUCAACCGGCAGCGUGCGGAGUUCCCGAAGGCGUCAUUUACGUCCAAAUGCCUUUUCAUCUGCUUCGAAUGCAAUGCCGCGCCACCAACUUCUAGAUCCGAGCGUGAAACUUUCCUCCUCCACCUCCACCUCGACUGAAGACGUAACUUCGACCAAGUCGAAGCUCAGUAUCGCAGAUUUAGUCGGUGUAGAGUCUAGAGAGUCCGCACCAGCCCAAACUGCUCCUAUACAGCUUCAAGGUCUUGACAUGUCCUGCGCCGAGCUUUUAAACCGCAUUACAUCGACACAGGAGCUUCUCGCUCAGCAACACCACACGAUGAUGGGUACGCUUACUCAACACUCGUCGCGUAUCAGCAUGAUCGAAGAGACUGUAAAUAGGAUUGAGAACAUUCUUUCUGCACAACGAACGCAGAGUAUACCUCGCCUUUACAAGUAG